AUGAAAUCUAAAGAAGAUGCAAUACAACAUGAAGUAGAAGGAGAAGAAGGAGAUGUGAUUUACUCUGAAUUUACUCUAUGUUGCUGUUGUUAUUGUCACUGUAUCUCCCUUAUCUUUGAUUACAGUUUUGAGUUUCAAAAGGAAAUUUCCAGAAAUAAACGUUCAGCUUUCACCACUUACCCCAAUAUAGGAGACUCAAGAAAAUGUCUUAUAGUGGAACCAAAGAGAGCUGUUUCUAGAGAGGAUUCUGUAAAGCCUGGUGCCCAUCUAACAGUGAAGAAAAUUUUUGUUGGUGGUAUUAAAAAAGAUACAGAAGAAUACAAUUUGAAAGACUACUUUGAAAAGUAUGGCAAGAUUGAAACCAUAGAAGUUAUAGAAGACAGGCAGAGCGGAAAAAAGAGAGGAUUUGCUUUUGUAACUUUUGAUGAUCAUGAUAUAAUUGAUAAAAUUGUUCUUCAGAAAUACCACACUAUUAAUGGGCAUAAUUGUGAAGUGAAAAAGGCCCUUUCUAAACAAGAGAUGCAGUCUGCUGGAUCACAGAGAGGUCGUGGAGGUGGAUCUGGCAAUUUUAUGGGUCACAGAGGAAACUUUGGAGGUGGUGGAGGUAAUUUUGGCCUUGGUGGAAACUUUGGUGGAAGAGGAGGCUAUGGUGGUGGAGGUAGUGGCAGCAGAGGAAGUUAUGGAGGAGGCGAUGGUGGAUAUAAUGGAUUUGGAGGUGAUGGUGGCAACUAUGGCGGUGGUCCUGGUUAUAGUAGUAGAGGGGGCUAUGGUGGUGGUGGAACAGGAUAUGGAAACCAAGGUGGUGGAUAUGGUGGAGGUGGUGGAGGAUAUGAUGGUUACAAUGAAGGACGAAAUUUUGGCGGUGGUAACUAUGGUGGUGGUGGGAACUAUAAUGAUUUUGGAAAUUAUAGUGGACAACAGCAGUCAAAUUAUGGACCCAUGAAAGAGGGCAGUUUUGGUGGAAGAAGCUCGGACAGUCUCUAUGGUGGUGGUUAUGGAUCUGGUGGUGGAAGUGGUGGAUAUGGUAGCAGAAGGUUCUAAAAACAGCAGAAAAGGGCUACAGUUCU